AUGUCUCGGCCGAUCUCGUAUUUGGAAGACCUGUAUCGUCUACGAAAUGAGGCCCGCUGUUACUCGUGCUGCCAGGUCGCAGGCGUCUACUCGGUGGACCUCACGCGAGAGCUGCUGUGGAGCGCUCUGCGCAAGCUUGUUCUGCGGUAUUCGCAGCUGUCGUUGCAAGUGUUUGCGAACGGGGGCCGCUGGGAGAUCGGGCCGCUAGACGGCUACACAAUGGACGACGUGCUGGAGGUCCGCGACGAUUGCGACCUGCUGGACCUCAUUAGAGAGCUCAACAACCGCUAUUUCAGCCUCAACGUUCAGUCUCCGUUGUGGAGGCUCGUUCUCGUGGGCAAAAAUCGCCUGAUCUUUUACUACGAGCACCUGCUGUUGGAUGGAACUUCGGGCAAAAACUUCCACAUACUGCUGCGGGACGCGCUGGCCGAGACACUGGCUGAAAAGGACGUUGUCGAUGCUGCUGCGCCGCUAUUCGAACGUUCGCACGAUGUUCUUCCGGCAACCAACCCCGAACAGAUGGCAUUUGUGGAUUACCAGCCGUCUAUGGCAUUUUCUGCGUGCAUGGUGUUUAACGAGUUUGCGCCCAGGUGGCUCAAGCGGUUGCUCCAGCCUUUAUCGAAACUCCCCUUGGUUAUGGACCUGUUUGAACGAACGGACCUUGCGUGCGAGCCAGGUGUGUCAAAUGAUGUGUUCGAGCUCGUACAGCUGUCACAGGAACAGGUGGCGCGGCUUGUUUCCUUGGCUCGCAGUCACGGCGUAAAAUUCACUGCGCUGCUCACCAUGCUGAUGCAUGUGUCAUUGCUGCCAGUCGUGGGGGACAAAUACACGGACACCUCCAUUCCGGUGGAUCUGAGGCGAUACAUGUUUGCAAAGCCAGGCCCGCCCGAGCUUGGCCUGUUUAUGGCCGAGGUCAAUGUCAAGCUGUGUCCGGCGGCGGACUACGGCGUGGUGGCAGACGAGUGUAACUGGCCGCUCGCAGUGGCGGUGCAAGAUCAGCUCAGCCAGUACCUCCCCACCUGCAUGAAGCCGAUCGGGAUGCUGAAACAUUUCAGUCCUCGUGAUUAUUUGGAAUCGAGGCUGAACUCGCCGCGCACUACCACGAUGGAGAUCUCCAACCUUGGCACUGUCUCCAGUACCUCGCCUGUCAAACUGCUGCGCCUCACCUUUGCACAGCCGUUGGGGCUAACCGGCCCGUAUUUCGGCAUCAACGUCAUCGGGGCAGAGACCGGCGUCGACAUCGUGCUCGUCACGUCGCCAGAAAUGGCAUCCGAGCUUGCACAAGCAAAAGCUACGCUUCUGCGUCUGCUGGAGAAAAUAAUCUAA